GUCAAAUGCUCAGAAGUGCCCUGCAUCUCCUCCUGUUUCGGCAACCUUACAUAUUACACUUAUUACACUGUCCAGCUGCCAGUCAUGGAAAACUACUACUUUGAAUUUUAGAACAGAACACACUCACAGGACUCAUCGCAUUGGACGCAAAAUUCUUGGCACCCUGCGUAACAGGCGCAUUUGUUUGGAUACUCUCUGCACAGAAGAAAAUCGGACUACUUUCCGUGAAUUGAUUUCCUGAAAACAGAUUUAUAGAGAUACUUUUAUGAGCUGGUAUGAGCAAUUACAGCAAAGCUGGGACACACAGUGUUAUAGUGCCGCUCCCUGAUUCAGCACCCAGUGAUGGAUAGCGCUCAUUGUGCGGAAACUGAUGGCACAGUACUCGCUCUCCUCCGGUCCAAACAGCGCUGACAGUGAGCAGAGACGGAGACUUAUGGAUGCUGAGAUCUAAAGUAAGUCAGUCAGAGCGCUGUCACUGUCAUUCCCCGCCCACAGAAUUGAAAGCGGUUAUCGUGACAGUAGCUGUGAUGUGGUCCUAACGUGCUUCUCAGCUGCGAAGAUGACAGAUGUUGCUCACACUUUUCCACAUAGCGUUUCGACAGUGGACGGAAGCUGCUCCGUGCUUUCUUGUGAAGUUUUCUUUGCUGUCAAGAGGACGAAAUGGGAUCCAACCACCUGUUCUCCGCCGGGACGGCUUUUAUUUGGGCGCUACUCUUGAGUCCGGCCGCCCUCUGUGACGAGAAGACCCACUCACAUGCUGAAGAUGACCUUUUCAAGACCCUGUUCGCUGGGUACAACAAGUGGUCGAGACCUGUGCCAAACAUCUCAGACGUCGUCAUUGUCAAGUUUGGACUCUCCAUAGCCCAGCUUAUUGAUGUGGAUGAAAAGAACCAAAUGAUGACAACCAACGUGUGGCUUAAACAGGAGUGGAAUGACUACAAGCUUCGCUGGAGACCGUCUGACUAUGACAACGUGACAUCCAUAAGAGUGCCGUCAGAGCUCAUAUGGGUACCAGAUAUUGUCCUCUAUAACAAUGCUGAUGGCGAAUUUGCUGUGACCCACAUGACAAAAGCUCACCUAUUCUACACGGGCAAAAUUCGCUGGGUGCCUCCUGCCAUUUACAAGAGCUCUUGCAGCAUUGAUGUCACCUUCUUCCCCUUCGAUCAACAAAACUGUAAAAUGAAAUUUGGCUCCUGGACUUACGACAAAGCCAAAAUUGACUUGGAGCAGAUUGAAAAUACUGUGGAUCUCAGCAACUACUGGGAGAGCGGCGAAUGGGCCAUUAUCAAUGCCGUGGGAACGUAUAAUACAAAGAAAUAUGACUGCUGCCAUGAGAUUUACCCAGACAUCACUUACUUCUUCAUCAUCCGACGUCUUCCCUUAUUUUACACAAUCAACCUCAUCAUCCCCUGUCUGCUGAUCUCAUGCCUCACGGUUUUGGUUUUCUAUCUACCGUCAGACUGCGGUGAGAAGAUUACCCUGUGUAUCUCCGUGUUGUUAUCCCUCACUGUCUUCCUGCUACUCAUCACGGAGAUCAUACCUUCCACAUCCCUCGUUAUCCCUCUCAUCGGCGAGUACCUCCUCUUCACCAUGAUUUUUGUCACCCUGUCCAUCGUUAUCACUGUCUUUGUCCUCAACGUCCACCACCGCUCUCCCAGCACUCACAAGAUGCCCCAUUGGGUCCACUCUGUGUUCCUGGACUUGAUUCCACGUUGGUUGUUCAUGAGACGGCCCGCACCAGAUGGCCGCCGUCGCAGGCUGUUGCUCCUUCAACAGGAAGCGGUGGCAGAGCGGCGCCAGCUCCGAAUAACCGGGUAUAAAUCGGGCAACUGUAUCAGCACCUCAGCUAACUGGCUAAGAGAUGGAACCACAUUGGAAGACCCCGAGAGAAGCUGUUAUGAGGACUUGGAGCUGGGAACACUGACAUCCUAUUUCUCCUUCCGUCCUCCUUCUCCCAGACCUCCAGGGUCAACUCCUCCGCCACAACAAAAAACCCCACAGAACAGCCAGAGCCGACAAGAGGUGGUGGCAGGGGGGAACAGGCACUUAACUGGAACCAGAGGUAAUUCCACUCCUCGGCCGGCUAAAGUUGACAAUAAAGUGUCACAGUCAGCUUUCCUGCUUUCACCAAGUGUCAUGCGUGCAUUAGAAGGGGUGCACUACAUUGCAGACCACCUGAGGGCUGAGGAUGCUGACUUCAGUGUGAAAGAGGACUGGAAGUAUGUUGCCAUGGUGAUUGACCGUAUCUUCCUGUGGAUGUUCAUUAUUGUCUGCCUGCUUGGGACAAUUGGCCUGUUCUUGCCACCGUGGCUAGCCGGCAUGAUUUAAGGCUUCUGGGAAAGAAUUGUAUUCACAGUCACCUCCUCUUGAAAGAUACUUUAAAGUGUAGCUGAACUCUUCUUCAAAUCGAGUAAUCUGACUCAACUUUGUGCAACUCGGUGCAACCCAGGUGUCCUCAAAAGGCCGUUGUGCUCUUUACACGUCACCAAAUAUAACUUAUGAAUAGUGGAGACAACUCUGCUAUUUUCAGAUUCUUAUUCCUAGUUGGCUAAAAAUCAACUACAAUCUACAUUUUUAAGGGAAGAUCAGACUCAGUAACUUACUGUUAGCUAUAAAGUCUUGGCUCAAGUUUCAUCUCAGAUGCACUUUGUCAGCCUCAGGUUUACUCCUUCAGCAUCAUCUGUAACAUUUCUCAGGUUGUUUUUGACCUGAAUGCAAACAUUUGCAUGUUAACAUUCACUAAAGUUAACAUGGCUGUUGAAAACUGUGCUAAUGUUGGUAUUUUAGUGUGCAAAUGUUAAUCACUUUUUAGCAUGUUAGCAUAACAUGCUAGUUAAAUAUGUAGUGCCAACGGCUGUGUUAGUAGGGUGUCACAGUGAUCACAUUUUUCUUUCCUAUAGUUUCAGGGAUUGCAGCUUAAAACUCAACAACUUAAUAACAUUGCAUUCACUGAUAGCAGACGGAUCAGUGGAAGCUGUUUGUCAUCUUGCUGUCUUAGCAGAAGUCAAACUCUGAAUCAGACUCGGUUUAUCAUCCCAAUGUUAGUGUCUUGUAAAAGGCUCAAGGAUGGAGAUUAAAACAUUAAGAAAACAAGCUUGUUUUAAAUUCGCCUUAUUUUCAUGCUCUUUACUUCAUAGUUAUCUGUCUGUCUUUUUGUCUGACCAUUGGUAUGUCCAGAAAAUGAUGACAGCGGCUAUAUGUGCAGGCGGGGCCGUGCGCGUGUCAUCACACGUCAUCUGCCUUAAAGGCGUGAAUAAAGGUUUCUUCAGCCAGGACACGCGAGGGCUUGAUAUUCCAUACUUAUGUGUUGUACCGAGUGAAUCGACUGAAAGGGAACUAACUACUAGAGCCUAUUCUACAUUUGAGUUGUAUUUUAAUAAUAUUUGUCAUGAAUUUGUUCUCUUUGAUUCUAAGCAAAGUUUUCUUUCACCACAUAUUCUGGAUGGUGGUGAAUAAUCCUUCAAGAAAUGGGCAUUCAAAUGUGAUAUAGUCCUCAGUGCAUCCCUAGUCUGAUUUUAGUAGGGGUAACUGGACUGGCUGCUCCAAAGGGGAUCUUGGACAAAUGACUAAAUAUAAUCAUUUUCUAUUUAAUAUGCCACCAUUGGUCAGUGGUAUUGCUCAAAACUGCUUCAUGAAGUUUUGAAUUCAUUUGCUACUUUUAAAGGUUUCCAGUCAUGAACUGAAAAAUGAAGAGCUUAGUCUGCGUUGCAAGAUUUAUUAUCAUCCACUGGAGCCAACAAAUGCAUGGAAGUUUAUCACAAUCUGUUCAAGUUGCCAUGACACUGGUAAACCAAUGAACGUUUAAAAAAUAGGGAGAAUUAAAUAUGUGAACAAUGCCAUCUGGGUUGCUUCUUAUCAGAUUAAAAGUUGUUGAUGACACUGUUCUCUUUGUGUAUGGUGGGAUGAACACCCAUUAUUAUAGACUAUAUUGGAUACACGUUGGGGUGAUUUGGUUAAGACAAAAAAUGCAUCAGCACAGGUUUUUUCCUUCUGGCGAUGCUGCAACAAUUCCAAGUAUUUUUGAUUGAGCAUACUAUACAAUA